AUGACUGGACGGCUUCCAGCUGUUGUUAUUGAUAAUGGAACUGGGUAUACAAAACUUGGUUACGCAACAAAUAACGAACCGCAGUUUAUCAUCCCAUCAGCAAUUGCUGUUAGAGAAAGACCUGGAGGUGCUAGAGUUGGCCAGUCUGGAGAAGAUUUAGACUUUUAUAUUGGAGAUGAAGCAUUUAGUGCCAAAGGAUACUCUGUGAAAUAUCCAAUAAGACAUGGUAUCGUUGAAGAUUGGGAUUUGAUGGAAAAGUAUUGGGAACAAUCUUUAUUCAAAUAUUUACGUUGUGAUCCAGAACCACCUUUGAAUACACCAGAAAAUCGUGAAUACACAGCUGAAAUUAUGUUCGAACUGUUCAAUGUGCCCGGUUUAUAUAUAGCAUUACAGGUUAAAGCAUAUGCCUUGUUGUUAUUAUUAUAUAGUUGA